GAUUGAAUUAACUAAAUGCUGCUGCGAUGGUUCUGUGGGCAAUAAUUCUCGAAUUGAAAGGAGUUCCAUUGAGAACAGCGAUGGCGAAUUUCCACCUUUCUGUACCCCUUUCACGUUGAUUUGGGUUUAGGGUUUCGGUGAAGACACUGCAAGAUUCGAGUCGAUUCUCGUUUUUUCAGGGGAAAGGAAUUGCGUUUUGGGCAACUCGUUUUGUAAACUUUGUUGAAUUGGCGAGGGUUGGCUUUGGAAUAGUUGAUAACCCUAAGUUUGUCUCCCUCUUCUUCAUCUUCUUCUUCUUCCACGGCCUCUUUUAUUGAGUGUAAGUGCAGAGUAACCUUCGCUGGAUCCUUAGGAACCGAGAUCGAGUCUCGAAAUGGAGGAAAGCGUUGCAGCUAGAAGAUUGAACCGAAUCAUGCGACAUUUGCAUUCUUUUCCAUCAACUUCUGGUAGUUCGGUGAUAGAGGAGCAGAGCGGAGGCUGCUUCGAGGUUGUGCCCACCAGCGCGUCUGAUGGAAUUGAGGGACAGAACGAGGAAGCAUCGAAACCUGGAGACAGGGAGCGUGUCAUCCUUGUCAUUGGAGCUGGCGAUGCCACUGGAGGUGCCGUUGCAAAGAAGUUUGCUAGCGAAGGCUACACUGCAUGCCUUGUACGUAGGGAUGCGAGUAAACUGGAACAACUGGCGCAAGACAUAACUCAGAACGGUGGCAAAGCUCAUGUGUUUGGGGUCGAUGCUCGAAAAGAAGAACAGGUCGUGGCACUUGUGGAGCAGAUCGAGAAAGACAUAGGUGACAUCAGAGUGCUGGUAUUCAACAUUGGUGCAAAUGUUAAUUUUAGCAUCUUGGAGACAACAUCUAGAGUCUAUCGGAAGGUUUGGGAAAUGGCGUGUUUUGCUGGAUUCUUGUGUGGUCGUGAGGUGGCCAAGCGGAUGGUAGUCCGUGGUAAUGGAACUGUAUUCUUCACUGGAGCCACGGCCAGUCUGCGAGGAGGUUCUGGUUACGCAGCUUUUGCAGGAGCCAAGUUCGGUCUUCGAGCUUUGGCGCAAAGUAUGGCUCGGGAACUUGGUCCCAAAGGCAUUCAUGUGGCACAUCUCAUCGUGGAUGGACCUAUCGACACUCAGUGGACAAGAGGACAGGUCAAGGACUCUGCAUCAAUACUGGAAAGGCAGGGAAUGGUUAAUCCCCAAGAUAUUGCAAAGCUGUACUGGUACACUUAUCAACAACCAAAGACUGCAUGGACUCAUGAGCUGGAUCUGAGACCUUGGAUCGAGACUUGGUAGUCUUAAUUCUGUGAUGAAGUAGGAAUCUGAGGCAGGUCAGGUGCGUCUUAAGCUUUUUAAUAAGGAAAGUAGGGACCUUGCACUGAACUUAAUCAUGUACGUAUAUCUGUUUUCAUACUUCUCUCACUCAAUUAGUGAAAGAAGUUACUGAUCAUCUGUAGUACGUGAUUGUGCCGUUUACUAGUGAUCAUCUAACAAACCAAUGUGAGGUUAAUACCAUUGGGAUUUGCAUUGACCAAACUAAGUAUCUUGUCAACUGCUGCAUUCAAUAUGCACAUACCCUUUCAAAAGCAUCCUGAAUCUUUGAAACAUGGGGUUCUUCGAGAAAACAAGUUUAUGAUUCAACGUUAUACUAGUAGAACCACUUAAGAAAUCUAGGCAGGAAUGUAAAAUACAAUAGUUAGCACGAUUUAUUUUAUUUUUUAUUUUAUUUUAUUUUAUUGCUGCAUUUAAUA